CCGAUCCCAUUUUCUUCAUUUCACAGCAUUUCUGACUCCUCUGCUAGUGAAUUUGGGGCCUCCUUCAAUAGAGCUUAUCUUUAAGCAUUAUCACCACGAUGAACAUCCAUCAAAACGGCGGAUCAUCGACUCACGUUAUCGAACCCGACAGGGUGGAGCUUCAAGAUGUCUCCCGCUAUCUUGAACAGCCGAGCAAAUCAUAUCAGCCGCAUGUAUCCCGAGCAAGCCCCAACAUUGAAGCAGCUCGGAGCUUAGAGAAUACAUCGGAAAACAACGAUCCAGUUGAGAAUCUUCCCUCUCCGACCACGGCUUCAGAAAGGCUUGAGAGAUGGAACCAUCCUCGAAUGAAUCUUUGGCGAACGUUGGCUGCAUUUGGGAGUUUUGUGGUUCUAGGAGCUAAUGACGCUGCGUAUGGGGCUUUGAUUCCAUAUCUGCAAACCUACUACAACCUCACCUAUACUGUAGUCUCCCUAGUCUUCCUAUCCCCACUAGCCGGCUAUACCAUUUCCGCGCUACUAAACAACACAAUCCAUCUCAAAUUCGGGCAGCGAGGUGUAGCCUUCAUCUCACCAGGAUGCCAUCUCAUCGCCUAUAUUAUCAUCGCACUGCACCCUCCAUACCCGGUCCUCGUCGUCAUUUUCAUGAUUGCAGGAUUUGGCAACGGCCUAGCUGAUGCAGCCUGGAACGCUUGGAUCGGAAACAUGGCUAAUCCGAACGAGGUCCUUGGCUUUCUUCAUGCUUUCUAUGGACUCGGAGCUACCCUUUCUCCGCUGAUUGCUACUACUAUGAUUACGAAGGGGAGCCGCUUACCGUGGUAUUAUUUCUACUACGUUAUGAUCGCCGUCGCAUUCCUCGAACUCACCUCCUCCGUCUGGGCCUUCUGGGGCGCCAGUGGUGCCAUCUUCCGGGCCAAUAAUCCUCGCACCACCAACACCAAAGACAACCGGAUGAAAGAGGCCCUCAUCCGCUUGCCAUUCGCCCGUGUGACUUGGAUCUGCGCUAUGUUCCUAUUGGGCUAUGUCGGCGUUGAAGUCGCGCUUGGAGGCUGGAUUGUCAAAUUCAUGCUUGAAGUAAGAGACGGGGCGGAGUUCGCUAGUGGUAUGACGGCGACUGGGUUCUGGAUGGGACUUACAAUUGGGAGGAUUGUGUUGGGCUUUGUUACACCAAAGGUUGGGGAGAAGUUAGCAAUUGCUAUCUACCUCCCCAUAACCAUGGUCUUCCAGCUAAUCUUCUGGCUGGUGCCUCAAUUUUACGUCUCCGCUGUCGUCAUUGCAAUGCAAGGCUUCUUCCUAGGCCCUAUAUUCCCCGCCGCCAUAGUAGCAGCGACAAAGCUGCUCCCGCGCCAUCUGCACGUCAGCGCUAUCGGCUUUGCUGCAGCAUUUGGCGGUAGUGGCGCUGCCAUUUUCCCUUUCGCGGAUGGUGCUAUUGCUCAGGCGAAGGGCGUUCAGGUCCUUCAACCGAUUAUUUUGGUAUUGUUGGGUGUGAUUUUGGCGUUAUGGUUGGGGUUGCCGAAGAUUCAUAAGAAGCAGGAGUGAAGGGCUUAGGAUCUAUAGUAGUGGGAGUGUUGAGGAGGAGGAGGAGUAAAAGUUCUUCUGUUCGUUGAGGGAUAGGGAUUCGACGUCGUUGAGU